AUGGCUGCUCUGUAUUUCACAGCCACACUGCUUAGUUCGCAUGCCACAACUGGUCGAUCAGCUUUCGUCCACCCUACCAGGCUGCCUCAAUCACGACUUGUUGAUAGCCAAAGCGCCGAGCAUGCACCUCCUUUAAACUUGAUACGUGAGCUUCCGAACAUUGAAGGACAACAUGAGCAACUAAAUCCGCGAGAUAUUGAAACUGGUCCUGAAGCCUGCAACCAUGGGGACACCAAAGAUUGUUUGGAUAGUAUUGUCAAGAGAUUCAUCGAUAAGGUCGUCCAGAACAUCACGGAAGAGGAUAACGCAUUCAAAAACCCAACUCGAACUUCUGAUGGCCGGCCUCCGAAACGCUGUGGCUUCCUAUCUAGUCUAAUCUUCUGGCGACACUGUCACACUGCUGAAGUUAACAACAGUUCCCGAGAUGAGAGGGCCAGUCUUUUGGGGUUCUUGCCGCGGUCAAACAACACUAUCCGUCACUUUCCAGAUCUCACAGUGCCAUAUACCGCAAAACUCCAGAAACGGUCAUGUGAAUGGUUAGAAGGCGAUUCCUUUACUCGUUGCAUUAACUCUCGUGGAUUGAGUUGGUUCCAGGCUACUCUCGUUGUUCUUAGCGGUGUACUGCUCUACCUGGUGUGUAUGUUGGGGCUACUUCUAUGCAUGACCCGAUGGAGAGCCAACAGCCCUCACCCCAGCACUUUACGCACCAUGACUAACACCCCCAUUGCUCCUUCGCCGGAUCUUAACUGCCCUGAAACGGCCAUGCUUUCUCCUGUGGAAGAAGUGCCUGCGACUGGACUGAGACGAACUGGACUGAGACAGGUUGACGAUGUUGAGGCACAGACGGAUGGCACCGCUGAUUUUCCUGCCACACUGGGUCUUGAUGGAUGCAGCGAUACAUGGAGACAGUGGAUAGAAUAUAAACAUAACAGAGAGGCUGCCGAAGCUGACAAGAUCAAGUAUUUUGAUCAACUCUAUGCCCUGAAACAAAGUUCCGACGAAGAAGAGGAUACACAUCAUCCUAGGGAAGUUGUAUGGCCAAGAAGUCGAACUAUUGCUUCAAAAUUUCCCCCUUCGUCGCAGCCAAGUGAACGCCGGAAUCAGCCCUCGGAUUCACAGAACAAGGUGCCGUCAAUACAUCGUACAAAUUCGGCACCAGUAUCAAGUGUCAGCAUAGCGAACGAAAGUUCUCCCGCUCGCAAGAGCUCCUUACUUCGUUAUGGUGUCUCCACCCCACCUUCAGUUGAGACGUCCUUUGAUGGCAAGCCACCACCAGCCGGCCCCUCAUCCCCCCAAUACAGACCCAACAUGGAACGACGAACUGUGUCUGAUCCGGUGGCCGGCUCCCUGGUGUUGAAGAACAGCUCUGGUAUCACAUCAAUGCUCCAGAAGAAGCAAAAGAGGAAGCGCGAGCCGUCCAUCAAACUCGCCCCCGAGAAGGAACGAGUCUUUCAAGGUCUGACAUUCUUUUACAUUCCUCCGGAUGAUAUUGCGCCUCUGCGGCGAGCCCGGAUCACAAAAGCAAAGAGCUUUGGUGCCAUCUGGACUAAGGAUUUUGGGAUGGAUGUAACUCACGUUGUCGUGGAUAAGGCAUUAACAUACCAGAGCAUCGUGCAAUAUCUCAAAUCCGCCUUCAGGAUCGACUCAUUGCCAGGAAAUGUCGUCUUGGUUAAUGAAAACUAUCCUGUUGAAUGCAUUCAAUUCCGCUCACUUCUCGAUCCAAGACAGAAUCAGUAUGCAGUUACUGGGAGCCCAGUGUCAGUAGCCUCUCCAACCAUAGAUAAACAUCCGGGAGUAGAGGGGCCUAACAAAGGGGACCGGGAAUAUGAUUUGAGGAUUCAAACGCCGCCACGGCAGGAGCCAUCAACGCAAGAAAAGUCCCCUGAAGAAGUCCCAACCCCGAAAAUCUGGAGGCCAUCAGGGGAGCCUAAAAAGGCAAAGAAGAUAGUGAAAAGUCCACAGGAGGCAUCUCCCCCAAAGAAUAUCCGAACGGUUCGGGAAAACGGCGAUGCACUUGAUGAAAUGAUUGAGAUAGCAAUGAAAACCAAGGAUCUACCACUAGACGAUGACGAUGAUAGCAGCGGACCACCAUCAAGCAACGGCCCCGAAGACUCGGACAAUUCGGACGACAGCAGAGAGCGGUCCCCCAACCGAGCGGCAUGGAAAAAGCGACGUAAGGGUCCCAAAGGAACUAUGAACCAAGAGAAUUUCAGUUGCAUGACGGGUGGGACUGGCACAUCUUCGAAAUCGAAUCCCAAUGCUGCAACCAUCGAGUCCUUCAAAGAACUGGCAAGUUACUACGAACGAAUUCGAGAUCCAUGGCGACCUAUGGCAUACAGAAGAGCCGUUACCGCCCUGCGGAAGCAGACGAAGAAAGUCGUUUCCAAGGAUGAAGCGCUCUUGAUCCCAUACGUUGGGGAGUCAAUAGCGGAAAAGAUACAGGAGAUUGCUAUCAAAGGGCACCUGCGGAAACUCGACUACGCCAAAUUGGAACCCAACGAUCUUAUCUUACAGACAUUCACCAAAAUCUAUGGCGUGGGCCUCACCCAAGCCUACAAGUGGAUACAACAGGGCUAUAAAACCCUUGAUGAUAUCAAGUCCCAUGUACGUCUCAAUGACAACCAACGCAUUGGAAUCGACCACUAUGACGACUUCAACACGCGCAUUCCGCAAGAUCAGAUGACUAGUUUGGGUGAAAUCGUCAAGAAAGCAGUGGCAGGCAUUGAUGCCGACGUUGAAGUAAUAAUAGGAGGUAGCUAUCGCCGCGGCGCCACCAGCUCAGGAGACAUCGAUUUCAUAUUAUCCAAGCCUGGCACCCAAUCCUCAAGCGACCUGCUCCCAUUCCUAAAUACACUCGUCACCCACCUCACAGAAACAGGAUUUCUAGCUGCCGCCCUCGCAGUCCCACGCAGCUGCUCCUCCGCCUCCGACAGCGGCUCAAAAUGGCAUGGUGUAUGCGUGCUACCAGGAAACCCCAUCUGGCGGCGUAUCGACUUCCUCCUCGUUCCCGAGCCGGAGAUGGGUGCCGCACUGCUGUAUUUCACGGGCGAUGAUAUUUUUAAUCGAAGUAUGCGGUUGUUGGCUAGUAAGAGGGGUAUGCGGCUUAACCAGCGAGGGCUCUAUAAGGAUGUGCUGAGGGGACCGGGACGGGUUAAGAUUACUGACGGGUCUUUGGUGGAGGGCAGGGAUGAGAGGAAGAUUUUUGAGGUUCUGGGUGUGCCGUGGAGGCCGCCGGAGCAGCGGAUUUUGAAUUGA